UGAUUGUUUGUAUUGGUGGCGCACUUUUGAAAGCAUGUGAGCCGAACUCAACAUGGCUUCUCGCCAUGUCGAUGUUAACGAACGCCGGCUUCGGCCAGUUUAUGAUGCUUUGGAUAGCAUGAACAACAAACUGGCCAUCCAACUUGCAGAUAAAAUUCUGAAGAAGCAAAAGGAUUUACAUUGUGCCAAGGCUUUGAAAGGACUGGCUUUAUUGCGAUCAGGGAAGACUGCAGAUAGUGAGACAUUGAUGGAGGAAAUAAGGGGAGCUCAGCCAGCCGAUGAUCCUACACUUCAAGCAAUGACAAUCUGCUACAGAGAGAUGCAAAAACCUGAGAUGAUUCCUUGUGUUUAUGAGAUGGCAUUAAAACAGAACCCAAACAAUGAAGAAUUGUACUCACAUCUUUUCAUGGCAUAUGUCAGGAUAGGAAAUUACAAAAAGCAGCAACAGGCUGCAAUGAAUCUUUACAAACUAUUUUCCAAGAAUCCUUAUUACUUCUGGGCUGUUAUGAGUAUUGUGAUGCAGGCUCUGGUGGCCAGUGAUAAGAAUCUGGGAAAAACCAUGCUUCUUCCUUUGGCAGAAAAAAUGGUUGAAAAGUUUGUGAACGAAAGUAAAAUUGAUGCAGAGGCAGAAGUUCGUCUGUAUUUAAUGAUUUUAGAAAAGCUAGAGCAUUACGAGAAGGCUCUUGGUGUUCUUAGAAGUAAUUUAGCUGUGAAAUUAAUUAGUUACAUGGAUGAGAAAGAGGAGAAAGAAGCAGUUUAUUUAUCAAAACUCUGCAGAUGGCAUGAAGCAAAUUUGGCACUGAAGAAACUAAUUUGGAAGAGGCCAGACCAGUGGUCAUACUACCAGUCAUACUUCACCUCGGCUUUUGCACUGAUUAAACAAGGCUGUACACCUGACAAGGAGUCAGAAGAACUUCCUGACUAUUCUGUGGAAAUGAUAAAUGAAUUCUUAGUGUCUGUUACUGAAUUUGAAAAGUCAAAAGACAAAAGAGCAUGUAGAGGACCAUUUUUAGCACAAUUAGAACUGGACAAACUUUGUAGAGAAGAAUGUAUGUACUCUGAUACCAGACAAAAUCCCAGUUCCCCUGUAGAUUUAUUAAUAGAAUAUUUUAAACGGUUUGGAGACAAGCUCUGUUGUUUUUGGGAUCUUGAACCUUAUUUGUACCUAAAUCUUCAAGAAACAUCAGCGAGAGAGAAGUUUGUUGAAGUGUUAAAGACUACCCUGCCCUCUGUUAGUGACGAAGAGUCAGAAUCAUCUCAUAUUAAACUUAUGCUGAGAAAGCUAAAUAUGGAGCAGAUUUCAAGACAUUUAGGAUUCCAUAGUUGUCUGUCCUCUGAUGAAAAGAUUGCUCUUUCAAAGGAAUAUAUGAAGCAGCAUGGAGAUGGUUUGGUUUAUGGUCAAAACCUGUCACCAACUGAACUUCAGUACAGUGAUGGUUUCGCACAAUUAGCCACCCAUCUUUUGUUAGAAGUAAACUGCGACACAGGAAGAACAGAUGUGAACUGGUACCUUCUGAUCAUGUUAGAGAGUGCUUUAAAGGCAAGUCCUUCCAACCAUCACUUCAAGCUGUUGUUGAUGAAGGUGUAUUGCUCAAUGGGUGCCUUAAGUCCCUGUUUAGCACUGUAUGAUGGAUUAGAGGUCAAACACAUUGAACAGGAUGUUAUAGGGUAUACUGUGACACGGUAUGUUGAAGCUCUAGGUCAUUUUGAGGCAGCUUCGUCGGUGUACUUGAACACAUUGAAAUUCUUCUAUGGAAAUCAAAAAAAUACACCAGAGCAUAUCAUAGCUGCAUACAAAUAUGGAUCAUUUGAAAAGAUCCCUGAAUUCAUUGAUCUAAAAAGAAGGCUUGAUCUCUCUCUACAUUUCGCUACUGUGAAUUAUGAAAACAUGCUUCUUGAAGUUUUCCUUAAGGCAAACAGUCUUUCAGAUGCUCAAAGUCAUUUCACAGAAAAUAAUCUCCUGGACAAGUGCUCUGUAACAAAAUACUGGAUGAAAGACUUAAAGGACAACAGGGAUCUGAGAAUUCUUCAAACAUGGGAUGCUCCAGAAAGGCAGCUGUCAAAAGAUCAAGAAUCAAAGUGUGUAGAGCAAGAAGUUCUGUGGUUGAGAUUGCGGUUCCUUGUCCUUAGAGCCCUGGCUAUGGCUGUCCCCUUGGUACCCAAACCUCUAUCAAAUAUGCAAACCAUGAACAAUGGAGAAGCUGUCCCUGAGUUUCCUUUGGAAGGUGUGGUCAAUGAAUUAAAAGAGAUUUUACGGGAAGUUGAUUUGCAUCCAGGAACAAGAGCAAAGCUGCCAUUUCUGGGUCCACCAUGCUCAAGGCUGCCAGGCUUUUUAGAUGGUCAACAUGGAGCUGUGCUGGUUGCCAUGCUAACCGUGUGCCACGAGUGUCAUCAUCUGCAUUAUGCUCCACAAGAUGCCAGUUCUAAAGAUCGUUGGAAAAGUAUUCAAGAGAAUCUGGAAAAAGUGACAGGAAUUUUAAUAGGUUGUAAUGCAGAGUGUUUGAGCAAACUUACAACAGGCAGCGGAGAGAAGACAAUGUUUAAUGGUCAAGUGCUAGAACCUUUGGUUCUCUUGGUGGAGAGCUACUGUUCUGUCAUUCUGUUAGCAUCUGUAUGUUGCAGCUUUCUACAAAAGCUGGCAGGCAGCAAAAAAGCUAAGAAGAAGAAACCUGGCUCCGCUAAAACUAAUGAAGAGAUUGUGCCAUUCAAAGAUUUCCUAACAACACUGAGGAGCUCAGUUACUGCUGUCCAUUCAGCUCUGGAAGAAGUCAACGUUGCUCAGUUGUCAGAUGAGCUACUGGAACUAAAUCUAGUUGAACUAGACAACGAGACUAAGUCUUCCAUUGUGUCGGAGAUUUGGGAGAAACUGCAGACCAGCUACAAGCAGUCAGUAAAAGAGAUCUCUGAACUAUUACAUCACAAAGUUGCAUUUGCCAAGUCUCUUCAAAUCUAGCAGUGAAGAAUAAAACAAGGCAAUGCGUGGAAUGAUCAGAGUGUACGUCAAGCAGCUGGGAAAUUUUGGGAGAAGAAGAACCUUUUUUUCUCAUUUGUAUUACAACCCGCACAAUUGAGCUUCAAGGGCUUGUGCUUAUUUGAACAAAACAGUACAAUAAGAAGCAGAGGUGAUGCUGUUGGGUGAAAGAAAAAAAGGAUGGUUAAUUGAUGAAAGCUUUGGCUUUAAUCGGUAGUUGCUUUUAGAAUGAAAAUAGCGAAGAAGGUGGUAGUUUCUUGUUUUAAGUUUGGUUAAUUGGAAUGUCCACAAACAUGUACAGCAACAAACGAAAUGAAGAAGACGACGAAGAAGAAAAUUACAAAAGGGUUUGGGAGUGAAAGCAGUGUCAGAAGAAAACGGUCCCUACUUUUGAGGUUAGGUGCUAUAAGGUGGACAAUCAAAGUACUGUCGAUAAGGUUGCUAACAUGGUCCAUGAUCAUCAGGGGUACUGUGAUAUAACGGUCAGCACAUUGUUAGUGAGGCUGGCAGGUCAAGUGCAGCCAAUGGUCUCUCUCGUGUUGCGUUUGUAGGCCACUUACCAUACUCUCACAGUACAAACAAUAAACCUCCACCAAGGCUACCACAUGCUUACCUGGCGGAAGGUUGAAAUCGACCGAUUUAAAGCCUUGAAAGAAUGCACGGUGAGUGCGUCAUGGCCGAGAAAUAAGUCGAUGUGGUAGUCAGGAAGACAAGUGGUCAUUCCGCACCUCUCUCUCGUCGUUGCAAUAUUUUGUCAAUUUAGCAAAUAUAUUGCAAAUAAAUAAGCAUGCCAUAAAAUCAGAGCUUCAAAUUUGUUUUCAUGCUUCUGUAAUGUGGGAAUAAUUACGUAGGAUAUAAGGGCUUAAAGAAACAUUUGGGGUUCAAAUUUAGCACUCGGACGUUAUUAACUAUUUUUUAAAAAUUAUUUGUUUUCAUAAUGGCACAGUACUUUAAUUAGACGACAUUUGUCUACGAAAGUAACACUUAACAUGCAUUUAGCUUCACUUGCUUCAAACAUGGCCAGUAGAAGGUAACAAAGGACAACUGUGAGUUGCACUACGAUUAUGAACUGAGACUUCUUACUCUUGUAUCCACCUAUAUUCAACCAGCUCUAACCUUGACUUUUUUAUACAAAUCUUUUUAAUCGAUGCUUCAUGAAAUUUUGGUGGAUUUUGUGGUAAUAAUGUAAGUUGUGUUAAUUCCAUGGAGCAUUAAUUUCAACACCGGUAAUUAGGUGGUACUUUAUAUGCAACACGGUGUCUUUUGUGCUGCCCCGAAGUCGGAAUUCUACCCAAACUUAUAGGCAAGUAAAAAAGAUUUCAACAAAAGUUUUCUUGUUUGUUAUAUUUAUUGCUUCAUUUGAUUUUUCACUCGGUUUAAUUUGCUCCUCCCUCCGAUGUCAAGCUGUCUGUUGCUAUUUUCACUGUUGUUUUCCAGUCCUGUUAUCAUCACAGAAAGUUUGUGUGUUAUUGCCAUCAGUUUUCAUUGUCCUGAGUAUAAUCUCUCAUUGCAUUCAUUUCUAUUAUUUGGGAAUAAUUCCUUACCUUCUGCGUUAGUUUAUUAGCACGUUGUACUAGACAAAGCAUUACUGGUAAUCUCCUGGAAGUAAUUAUAAGGGAAUGAGUUUUUUACACCAAGUGUUAUUCAAUAUGUUAUUUUGACUAAACAUCAAAAGAAUUAUUUUAUUGGCUCACUCAGUGUGGUAUUGCAAUAGAAAGAAGUGAAAAUUAAAUUUAAAAUACUUAGGUUGUACAUAUGAAAUAAAUGUCUUGCGCUUGCCUUAGUUUUUAUUUUGGAAUGAAAUUCUUGAACAAAAGACAAACAUGAUAGAAAUCAGAAGAUAUUUUUAAGUCAUGAUGUGUUGUUUUUAAGACUACUUGUUCAUCACUAAAGAUUCACAACUAAAAUGUAUUUCAAAGCAUUAGUUAAGUAGUGUACCCUUAAUUAACAAUGUGAUAUUAAGAAAUAACGAAGUACAAGGGGAAUAAAAUUUCAUAUUGUCUUUUAUUAUAUGGCCGUGACUCACCAGGACGAAGACUAACAAAAUCACGAAUAUGAUUGGCUAAAACUGGUUUUAACCUUGAUUUGGACGGCUGGUCCCGGUUGUCCAAAAGGUGGAUAACGCUAUCCACCGGAUGAAUCGCUAUCCUAUCCGGUGGAUAGCGUGGUUAUACUCUAAUCACCCUGAAACGAUUAUAAAAUAUUUUGUACCUUAUCUUAAUAAACACGAACACAGCAUCAGGGGCGGGCACCUCGUUUAUUGAUGCCCUCGGACUAAUACCCCCAUCGUGGUACAAGGGGGAUGAAACCCCCUCCUUGGGUUUUCGUUCUAUUAAGGCACA